AUGACGCAACUCGCAUCGCUCACGGUCUUCUCGUACACCGCCCGCGAAACAUUCGUUAGCGAAAAGGUGCUUUAUUAUAAGGAAGCGAUCAAACCCCACGAAGAGCUUCUCUCGCGGUCAGCAAACUCAGCGCGGACAACCCGUGUGUGUGUCAAGACAUGGCUCUGCUUCAUUCGGGGAAAGGGGGAACCGCUCUGCCAGGCUCGAAGCCCCCUCUCCGGCUACUUACGGAGAUCAGAGAGGCUCGGGGCCAGUGCGGCCAGGAGCGCAGGAGGCCGGGAGUCGCUUCCCGGGCAUAGGGAUCCGUUGGGAUUUAGGGCCGGCCUCGAGGUGUCCCGCUCAGAGGAAUGGUCUCGGGGGCAUCCCGCUAAUACAAAGAAGCGUGCGUGGAGUGGCCGGGGAGGGGGGUCCCUGUCUGUGACAUCUGUCUGUGAUGAGGAGCAGUUCAGACGCCCCCUUCUGUGCCGUCCGCCGUGUCCGACGGCUGUGUUUGUGCAUUUGCUUGCAGAACCUGCCUUCGGGGAAGUGAACCAGCUCGGGGGGGUGUUUGUCAACGGGAGACCCCUGCCCAAUGCCAUCAGGCUGCGGAUUGUGGAACUGGCGCAACUGGGUAUCAGGCCGUGUGACAUCAGCCGGCAGCUCCGCGUUUCCCACGGCUGUGUCAGCAAAAUCCUGGCUCGCUACAACGAGACCGGCUCCAUCCUACCGGGGGCUAUCGGCGGCAGCAAGCCUCGGGUCACCACUCCCACAGUGGUAAAACAUAUCCGGACCUACAAACAAAGGGACCCGGGCAUCUUCGCCUGGGAGAUCCGGGAUCGCCUGCUGGCCGAUGGCGUGUGUGACAAGUACAACGUGCCGUCGGUCAGCUCCAUCAGCCGCAUCCUCCGCAACAAAAUCGGGAACCUGUCUCAGCAGAGUCACUACGAGUCUUACAAGCAGCACCAGCCGCCCCCACAGCCUGCUCUGUCCUACAACCACAUCUACCCCUACCCCAGCCCCAUCGCUGCUGCAGGAGCCAAGGUGUCCACCCCUCCCGGGGUGCCGGCGAUCCCCAGCACCAUGGCCAUGCCCAGGACGUGGCCGUCCUCUCACUCGGUGACGGACAUCCUGGGGAUCCGCUCCAUCACAGAUCAAGCAGUGACUGACACUUCGCCUUACCCCAGCCCCAAGGUGGAGGAAUGGAGCAGCUUGGGCCGAAACAGCUUCCACCCGCCGACCCAGCACGCCGUGAACGGGUUGGAGAAGAGCUCCCUUGAGCAGGAGGCCAAGUACAGCCAGGUGAUCUGGAUGGCACCCAAUUCGAACCCCAUUUGUGAGACCUGCCUCUUACUGGCCACCUGCUUCCACGGCCAAAACACAGUGCCCUGUCCACCAACCCACAUGGCUUCAGGGCACUCCACCCGGAUGAAACUAAUAAAGAAAGUCAGAGAGGCACCCAAUGGCCUCCCGGCCGUCAGCAGUUUCGUGUCCGCACCAGCCAUGCCCGCCUACGCCACACCGGCCCAAGUGUCACCUUACAUGACGUACAGCGCCACUCCAUCCAGCUACAUGGCGAGCCACGGCUGGCAGCACGCCGGGGGCACCCCGCUGUCCCCUCACAGCUGCGACAUCCCCGCCUCGCUGGCCUUCAAGGGCAUGCAGACUGCCAGGGAGGGCGGCCACUCUGUCACGGCCUCCGCUCUCUGA